CAUGGUAAAAAAAAAUGGUUAUCAAGUUCUAUAGUUUUGUGGGUGCAUUGAAAUUAAACGACCGUAAAGACAUAGCGACUGUCUUUUUGUCCAUAAUCAUAUGUUCUAAAUUAAUCAACAACAGCAACGUUCGUUCCAUAGGUGCUGUUUGGGUUUAAAAUAUUUUCCAAAACGCUUGCCAUGAACUCUUAUAUGCGGCAGCAAGCGACGGUGUCAGCUGAACAAAUGCAACACAGUUUUCUAAAAGACAAGCAAGCGUGGGAAAAUGCUAUCGCUCUGUACCAAGGGCCAGAUCCGCUUGACCACUGGUGGAAUUAUAUAUGCUGGUAUGAAAAUCACGGUCACGGCGAUCCGGAUAACAAAUUUCGCGAAACCUUGGAAAGGUGUUUGACUCUGUACGAACACAGUGAUUAUUAUAAACAAGAUGUGCGUAUGGUGCGUUUGUGGUUAAAGUAUAUUGACAUGCAAAGUAAUCCGUUGCAUUUCUACCAAGUAUUGCAUCAACGCGGUGUAGGUAGACAAUUGGCGUCCUUUUAUAUUAGUUGGGCUAGCUACUAUGAAUCGAUAAAUGCUUUAAAAGAAGCGGAGGCAGUUUACAAUCUAGCCUUCCAAGAAAAAGCCCAACCUUAUGCUGAGCUUCAUCAUGCUCAUAGUAAAUUUAUAUACACGAAAAGUUUAAAUGCCCAGCAACAUCAUGUCGUUCAUUACCACCUCCAGCAACAGCAACAGCAACAGCAACAACAACAGCAGCAGCAGCAGCAUGUGCAGCAUAUACAAGCAGCAGCUAGUAGCCAUGCCUCCAUGCAUCCGCAAACAGCUCAUAAUCAUAAUCCAUACCGUCAACAAGUCUCAUAUCAACAACAGGCACAGCCAAUAGGAGCAGUAGCAGCCACAUCGCCGCAAAAUCAACAACAUACGCAAAUUCAUGGUAAUCAUAUAAUUCAGCAAAAUCAACAGUUGUAUCACCAAACACAACCCUCGACACAUUAUUCACCACACUUACAGCAGCCACAUCAAAUACAUCAACAGCAGCUUCAGCAGCAAGUAAUUGCUCAUGCUCAAAUACAACAACAAUCAAUGCAAACUCCCCAAAUAACAAUGCAAGAAACUCUGGCCUGUACUGCCACGUCAGAGGCUACCGCACAAAAUAUAUCAAAUCCAAAUCAUCUUCAAACCCAAACAACUCUGCAAAAGCAUUCCCAUGUUGCGCAACAACAUAAUAGUGUGCCGGUUGAACAACAAUUGCCGGCUGCAACUGCAUCCAUGUCCCGGCAGCAGUAUGAAAGAGCUUUGGAAGCUUCGGUGCAACGGCAACCAUUGCAAAUUGCGGAUGAAUAUCCUUUGUCGUGUGUUCGUCUGCCUCGUAAAUUUGCCAAUUAUUGCAGCAAUAGUGACGAAACUUGGCAGCCAGCACUAUUUUUAGAAGAACCCUACGAUCCCCAAAGGUUUUGUCAUUACGCUAAAAGUUUAGUAUAUCCCGCAGGAGAGGGAGUAGAAUACAGUCCAGAAGAAAUCAAAGCAAGACGUUAUAUACAAAACAAACACCAACAAGAAGUGGAGAAGCAAAGCAAUGAAUGCAUUAAAUCUGCCAAAGUAGAACCUCAUAAAUACAUUCACAGCCCACAAGCUUAUGUUGAAUUAAAUCACAUUAAUAAUAAUAACAACCACUUGCUAGAACAUAAUUCGCAUGAAACACAAUUACAGUUAGAGCAGGCACCGCCACAAUCGCAAUAUUCACACAAUUCGAGUAACUACGAGCAACAUAAACGGUUACAACAGAUUGUUCAAAAGGAAAAUGAUGAUGAUAACGAAGAAGAAGUCGAACGAGAAGGGCAAGGGGAAGAGGACGACGCCGAAGACGACGCAGAAGAAGACGAAAAUAAUGAGACCGAAGAGGAGUCUGAUAAAAAUUACCAUCAGCAAAGUUAUCGUGCGGAUGUUAUUAAUACCGCCGACGAUUUAGAAGAUCAAAUUGAAGCCUCCACUAUAAGUUUUAAAACGGAAGGAUCUCAAAAUAAAACCAUAAAAAUUAAAUUUAAAAAAGAGAGACCCACCGCAGGUUCAGGUGACAUCUCCAAUGCUUAUACCAUUGAAAGAAUUUAUCAACCAGAGGUUGAGUCCCCCAGUGUACCUGCUUUGGAUGCUAGCUUAAAACGAAACGGCCAUCAUAGUUUCCAUCCGUAUUUGCUAGGCCACACUUCUACACCAAAGACUAGCGCCAAACGUCAAAAGGCGAAAAUUAAAAGAGCUUCCAAUAAAUACCCAAUUAUCGUUAGCAGCAACAGUAAUUCGUCUUCAGCUGAAAAUGGUGCAACAAUUGCAACAAUGACAAACAACGUAGACAACUCCACCACAAUUGAUGAACGAAAAAUUAAUUACGACCGUUCCAUACAUAAUGCCACAUUUAAUGAUAAUGCUAAUUAUUCCUUUUCGAGUGCUGUAGCUCUCGAUAAUUCCAACUGCUCGCUGAGUAAUGCAGUAGGACGGCUGAACUUCCGCGAUGUUUCGAGCAUAACUAACACAAGUCUUAAUCAUCAAUCCAGCGUUGCUGCUGAUAUCAGCACAUACCAAGAAAAUUCCUAUUUUGCCACUCAAAAUGAUGCCGAGGCGAAAGAAUCCCGCUUGGCGAGGGCUCUGGAGACGAUUGAACGCCAUAUGGCCAAAGAAGCUAUAGAUCCAUUUAAUAGUGAAUUGUGUCGCGCUUUUUUAACCAAACUAGACUUUCCCGGUACAGAUGGAGAAGCUCACGACAAUUACAAGAUUAUACAUACGCCUCUGCCUAAGAUAGCGAAUACUCGUCAACUAAAUUUGCCGUAUGGUAUACAAUUCCACAUAGACAAAGAAAUUGGCCGAGGAUCUUAUGGGUCAGUGUAUAAAGCAACCGACGUUGCAUCCGGUUCGGUAGUGGCUUUGAAAUUUCAAAAACCCGCCAAUACAUGGGAGAUAUAUAUUUGUGAUCAGGUUUUAAAGCGCAUAAAGUCCGCAAGUGUUUUGCCCGGCCUAAUGGACAUAUCGACGGCUAUCAUAGCGUCUAAUGCCAGCCUUAUAGCUACAGAGUUCUCACCGUACGGUUCUUUGUUAGACAUUAAUAAUAAGAUACGUCAAGCGACCACCAAAGUAAUGCAUGAGUCUCUUGUUAUGCAUUUUUCAGCACAAAUCUGCAACAUUAUUCAUCAUCUGCAUCAAAACAAAAUCAUCCAUGCCGACAUUAAGCCAGAUAAUUUCCUACUGAUGCGUGUGCCUAGCACGGAGUUACACUUUCCCUCGCUGCGUUUAAUAGAUUUUGGAUGUGCAAUCGAUAUGACUUUGUUUCCCGGUGGCGAUACAAUUAAAUUUCGUAAGGUCAUACAAACGGACGGAUUCACUUGCAUUGAAAUGCAAGAGGGUCGCUCAUGGUCGUAUGAAACCGAUUUAUUUUGCAUAGCGGGUACCGUGCACGUUAUGCUCUUUGGCGAGUAUAUGCAAUUGCAAAAACGAGCAGGAUCAUGGGAUAUUAAACAAAAGCUGCCACGUUAUCUUAAGAAACAUGUAUGGACUCAAUUUUUUGGCGACAUAUUGAAUAUAAAAGCAAAUCAACUGCCCGAUUUGAACGCGAUGCGUCACAUAUUUGAAGAGGAAACAGCGAAAAUGGAUUCAGAAUUGCAAAAACAGAUGCGAACAUUAUCUAAUAUAUUGCACAGACGAUAACAACUUACAUAAAAGUUUACAGUACGAUUUAUAUUUGAUUAAUUUUGCGUCUCCAAAAAAUACCGUUAUUUGUUAUUGUUAAUUAUUCAUGGUAUAAUUGGAUGAAAAAAAGGAUAUCAACGAAAGUUUGACUUUAUGUACAUGUGUGAAGAAUUGUACAUAAUUAAUUAAAGGUCAACUACAAAAGUUCAGUUAAUUUGCAAAAGUUUUCGCGCUGACUGAAUUUUGUUUUUAUUUUAGAUGGAAAUUUUAUCAAAUGAAUCAUAUAAUUAUUUUAUAAAAAGUUAUUAUUCUCUUCAUUUUAUUUUUUAAGUAUUGAGUAAUUUCUUAACUAACUUCUUGUCCAUAAAUAUCGCAAAAAACUGCUGUUUAUUGUAGUACCUUUAAUUUACGUGUGAGUUAAUCGGAGGUACAAGUUAAACAAAAAUUAUUAAUCAAACAAAAACUUCUUCAAUUGAUU